AGGAAAGGUAGGACAAAUUUUAUGGUCAUUGGUCAUCAUCAACAUCAAUAUCAUUGUUUCCUUGCCGUUCAAGUCUUCAUAAGACUUGGUGUGUUGUUGAUAGCCAUGGCUACAGGAAGCUGCUGCGGUUUGGUAACAACAAUGCUGUCUCGUCCCAAGGCAUACGCAUAUGGAUUUGAGGAGAUGAAAGGCCAAUAUGGCGUACCCAAGAAGCUUUCCAAGAGUCACAAGGAAGUGCAAGGCAUAUCAAUAGGCAGCACAUUUGGUAAUGCCGGCAACUUAAUUUUGGCGAUGGAGCUCCGAAACAAGAUCUUGUCCUUUCGAGACAUCCUCGAUCUGCCUCCUUGUGAUGGCUCGGCUUCCAUUAAUGAACUGUUGAUCUGCACAAUGGAAGAUCUCCAAAAGCUUUACCCAGAAAUUAUAUCAAGUAAUCGGCUUUCAGAAAUAAAGGGAACGUCUAUGGAACAGAGCCUAACUUGCUUCUUGGGGGCUUUGAAAUCUAUUGGAGUUUCAUGGAUGAUGCGGCAUGAUUGGGUCGACAAAUUUAAAUAUGAUUUCUCAUCAUAUAUGGAGAAUACCAAUCCGGAACAACUUGUUAAGAUUGUCCUGGAAACACUUGAUCUCAUGAAUAAGAUGGCACGAGAAAAGUUCGAUUUCAUGGAUGAAGAUGACCAUAAGAAGGACGAUUGUCCACAUGGAACUGACAUAUUUCAGAAAACGUUCAUGGAGUCCUAUUCAGACAGCAACACCUUCUGCUGCCCUUCUCCAGCUUCUCCAGCCACCCCGACCUCAGUGCUUCCAGAUUCAUUUUAUAGUAGUUAUACGAAAACUGGAGAGAAAGCGAAUACGCAUUACAACCCACCAACUCUCUGGUCUCUCAGAGUUCGAGCAGUUGGAAAACUGAACCCUAUUGAUGUAAAGCGCCUCGCACUUAAUACAUUAUCAAGUAUAGGAGGCCACGAUUCCAAUGCUUUGAGUUUAAACAAAAAGGUUGAGGAACCAAUGACAGGAAUAGAAAAAAGAAGCAAUUUUGAAGUGACAACUACCAUUGUUGAAACAAGAGAUAGCAGUACUAAAAAAGGCACACCAGAGGUUCCGAGGUCUGACUUAAAUGGUACUAGAAAAAGGGAAAUAGUGAGAAGAAUUGAUGUUAUUAACGACAGUCCAGCUACAACUCCAGAGACAACCCAUAUGACCUCGGUGACAAGCCCAACUGAAGAAAUAAUCCUAGCGCCAACACCACCUUCACCACUCAUGCUGCCGCCAAACACGGAUGUAUCAGCAGGAACACCAAUAAUACCAAUAUCACCAUCGCCGCCGCACCCCAUGCUACAGGAAAACCUGAUACCGGCACCACCACAACCAAUUAAACAUUCACCACUCUGGCUUCCUUCAAAUGCAGCACCAACCAGAUUGCCUCCGCCUUCUCCACCACGGCCACCAGUACCCAUGCUGCCUUCCAAGGGUGCAGCACAGCCACCUCCUCCACCCAUGCUGCCUUCCAAAGGUGCAGCAGUACCCUCACCUCCUCCGCCCAUGCUGCCUUCCAAAGGUGCAGCAGUACCCCCACCACCACCGCCCAUGAUGCCUCUGAAAGGAUCGGGGUCAUCAGCACCGCACAUGCCACUUGCAAAUGGGGCUCCCCCUCCACCUCCUCCACUUGGCGCAGCAAAAUCCUUACGCCCCAAAAAAGCAGCUACUAAAUUGAAGAGGUCAUCCCAAAUGGGUAAUCUGUAUCGGGUUCUUAAGGGAAAGGUGGAAGGGUCUAACCUUGAAAGUAAAUCAUCUAAUGGGAGAAAGGGUACGGUUGCUGGUAGUACAGGUGGAAAACAAGGAAUGGCUGAUGCUCUUGCAGAGAUGACAAGAAGAUCAGCAUACUUCCAACAAAUCGAAGGAGAUGUUCAAAAGUAUGCAAAACCAAUCACGGAGCUGAAAUCUGCCAUUCAUACUUUCAAAACCAAUGACAUGGCCGAGCUUAUCAAGUUCCAUAAAAACGUGGAAUCCAUUCUUGAACAUUUAACUGAUGAAUCGCAGGUGCUAGCAAGGUUCGAAGGCUUCCCGGUAAAGAAGUUGGAAGCACUAAGGACAGCAGCAGCAUUAUACUCAAAGUUAGAGGCCACAAUCACUGAACUACAUAAUUGGAAGAUAGUGGCACCCUUGAGCCACCUGCUCGACAAAGUUGAACGUUACUUCACUAAGAUCAAAGGAGAAGUGGAUGCACUGGAACGAGCCAAAGAUGAAGAGUCCAAGAAAUUUAAGAGUCAUAAUAUAGAUUUUGACUUCAGUAUCCUCGUAAGAAUCAAAGAAGCAGUGGUGGAUGUUUCCUCAGCCUGCAUGGAGUUGGCUCUAAAGGAGAGGAGGGAAGCAAAGGCAAUAGAGAAGAAAGAACCUGGAGCAAAAAGUGACACACGAAUGAAGGGAUAUACCAAAAUGCUUUGGAGAGCUUUCCAAUUUGCAUUUCGGGUCUAUACAUUUGCUGGUGGACACGAUGAUCGUGCUGACAAGCUGACAAGAGAAUUGGCUCAUGAAAUAGAGAAUGAUCCCAACCACCACCACUAGUGACUUAUCGAUCUCUCUAUUUUCACUCCUACAAAAAGCACCAAACCACACAAUGCUAGCACAACUUAUACUCUCUAAAUUAUGAGAUUUUUGCAUGUGGCCAAUAUUCAUGCCAAAUCAUAUAUUUGCUAGACAUGAUGUAAAUAGAUUUCGCAAGGUUUAAUUGCUCGAUCGAGUUGCAUCCAAUGAUCGGUUUUUGUAUGUUUAUCUUAAUAAGUCGGGACUUAAUACGGCUUCGAAGUUUUAAGUACUCUUUAAUUCUCCACUACUCCUGUUUGUAAUAUUUAUGUGGGAGUACUUUUGUUUUGAAUGAUUCUGUAACUUGUUUAAACACAUUGCGUCCUCAUGCAGGAUAUAUUUACAUGAUCA